CUGAUAAGCAGCUAAGCAGCCAGAUUCCUAUGAGGCAGAUAGGAAAGGGGGAAGAUAUAUAUGAAGCACUUUGCCUGCUGAUGAAGGAUCGCUGUCCAAAAUAUCCUGUUUCUCUCUCUCUCUUUGUUUUGAAAGAGAAUGAAAGUAAUGAAAACAGAAGAAAGAGAGGCUGGACAAACAAGGAAAUGUAGUCAGGGUUUACAGUCACGUGCCGUCUGUCUUCAGGAGGUGUGACAUAUAGUAUGAAAUGGAAACGUUUAUAGAAUAAGGCUUUUUAAACAGACCUAUCCAGUUAUCCAGCAUGCAGCAGCAGCUCCAGACACGGGUCCCCCGGAAUCCAACACCAUUUUUGUUGCAGUAAGAGUGUUACAAGGUGGACCAAAUCCUGUCAGAGCUUCUGCUAACCAAGAAGGAGCUGAAGGAGGUGAUGGGGCGCAUGCAGCAGGAAAUGAAGAAGGGCCUGCAGGUGGAGACACACGAGGGAGCAAGUGUGAAAAUGCUGCCCACCUACGUCCGCUCCACCCCUGAAGGAUCCGAAGUGGGGGACUUCCUGGCUUUGGACCUGGGUGGCACCAACUUCCGCGUGAUGCUGGUGAAGGUUGGGGAGGAUGGGGAGAGGGGCUGGAAGGUGGAGACAAAGCACCACAUGUACUCCAUCCCAGAGGACGCCAUGACUGGCACGGCUGAGAUGCUUUUUGACUACAUUGCUGAGUGCAUAUCGGACUUCCUGGACAAACAUGGCAUGAAGCACAAGAAACUCCCUCUGGGCUUCACCUUCUCUUUUCCAGUCCGCCAUGAAGACCUGGAUAAGGGAAUUCUACUAAACUGGACUAAAGGGUUCAAGGCAUCUGGAGCUGAAGGCAACAAUGUUGUGGGUCUUCUGCGAGAUGCCAUCAGAAGGAGAGGGGACUUCGAGAUGGAUGUGGUUGCCAUGGUGAAUGAUACAGUGGCAACUAUGAUUUCCUGUUACUAUGAAGACCAUAGCUGUGAGGUUGGCAUGAUAGUGGGCACGGGCUGUAAUGCAUGUUAUAUGGAAGAAAUGUGCACUGUGGAGCUGGUAGAGGGGGAGGAAGGGAGGAUGUGUGUGAACACGGAGUGGGGCGCCUUUGGCGGGAACGGAGAACUGGAAGAGUUCCGUCUGGAAUAUGAUCGCGUUGUGGACGAGCUGUCACUGAACCCUGGACAACAACUGUAUGAGAAGAUGAUUGGUGGGAAGUACAUGGGUGAACUGGUGCGGCUAGUGCUGAUGAAGCUCGUGAACGAAGGGCUACUCUUCAACGGCAACGCAUCAGACAUGCUGAAAACGCGCGGCAGCUUCGAGACUCGAUUUGUCUCCCAGAUCGAAAGUGACACAGGAGACAGGAAGCAAAUCUAUAACAUCCUGAGUUCCCUGAGCGUCCUGCCUUCUGAACUGGACUGUGACAUCGUCCGUCUGGCCUGUGAGAGUGUGUCCACCCGUGCCGCCCACCUGUGUGGUGCGGGGCUAUCUGGCGUCCUCAACCUCAUGAGGGAGCGUCGCAGUCAGGAGGAGAUGAAGAUCACUGUGGGCGUGGAUGGCUCUGUCUACAAGCUCCAUCCACGGUUCAAAGAGCGGUUUCACAAAGUUGUCCGAGAGCUGACGCCAAACUGUGACAUCACCUUCAUCCAAUCAGAAGAAGGGAGCGGCCGAGGAGCCGCGCUCAUCUCAGCGGUGGCGUGCAAGAUGGCAGCUCGCUUGAUAGCGCCGUGAUGGACCGUGUAAUGGGACGCCCUGUCCACUAGAUGGCGCUCCAAGCUCACGGCUACACCGCCACACCGCCUGGAGCGACCCCGUUAAGAAUACCUUCGCACGCAACGUGAACACCUGCCUCCACAGCGGAGCUUUUAAAGUGUGGGCGACACACUUUUAGUUUGACCAUACGAUGCAUGCUGUUGUACAUGCUGUUGUACAUGUUUGCCAUCCUAAAUCAGUCUUCUGUGUAUACUUUCGCAUGUUUUUGCAUGCUCUUCAUGCGAAGGUUGUUAAUAAUUAUAUGCAUGUACAUGUCUAAGUUAGCAAUCACGAGAUUUUCCUUAAAGGACAAGUAUUCAGGAUGGUCUCUUAAAAGGUACAACAUGGAA